AUGUCGGCAGUUCAGGAUGGGAAGCAGUAUAUCAUCAUGAACGUUGGGACUUCGACAGUCUUCGACCUUGCCAAGGGAGAUCCUAGUAACGGUACACUCAUUCAAGGAUGGGAACUUCUCGUCAAAGAAUACAACGAGAACACAGAUCACCAGGUUUGGUACGCCCAUUUCCAAUUUCAUGACACCAUCGGAGACUGGUAUUCGUUCACCAACCGUGGUACAGGUACCGCCAUUGAUAGUGGAGGAUUGGUGAAUGAGAAUAAACAGCUCCAUGCCUGGGUGGAUCAAGGAAAAGGCAAUGAAAACCAACAAUGGCUUCUGUCUCCAAUUGCACAGGCUGGUGUCAAGCUAUACCAAAGCAAUGGUACUCGCCUGACAUGA